AUGGCCAACACCUGGAUAGAAAGCUUCCCCCAUACCGCGGCUAAGGUUUUGGAUGAGAUGGAUAGCACCCUCGGGUUCAAACUGUCCAGCAUUAUAUCCGAUGGCCCCAACUCGAAGCUCAAUAAAACGGAAAAUUCACAGCCUGCAGUGAUGGCAAUCUCAGUCCUGAUACUUCGUAUUCUGGAGCAGGAGUUCGGAUUCGACACUAAAUCUCGGGUUGAUGUUACGCUUGGACAUAGCCUCGGGGAGUUCUCCGCAUUGGUUGCCGGCGGCUAUCUUGAAUUUGGGGAUGCUUUACAAUUAGUUCGUGGUCGGGCUGAAAAGAUGGCCCAGUGUACGCGCCAGUUGACCGAGCAAUCAGGUGAAACAUACGGCAUGGUUGCACUUCUCUGUGAACCCGAACAUCUGGAAGGUCUGCUUCGGACGGUUGAGGAAUUCAUUGGCCUCGAAUCGCCGGGUAUUGAAGUUGAUAGGGAGAAUCGGGUCCCAUCAAUUCAACAAGUGGUGGUCGCAAACAUCAACUCGAAAAAUCAAAUCGUGCUAAGUGGUAGUCUUGACCGAAUCAAAAUCCUUCUGGUCCAAAUGCGCCAAUUUGGAGGUCACGACCCACGUGCUGUCAGACUGAAAAGUGACAGCCCAUUUCAUAGCCCUGCUAUGGCGCUUGCUGCGGAUUAUAUGAGAGAUGCUGUCGAGAAAAUAAACAUCACAUUCCCGGCAUCAGUUCCAUGCAUAUCAAAUGUUUCCGCCUUACCAUUUCAGUCCAAGGAAGAUAUCAAAGAUCUACUUUCAAGCCAGUGCACUGACACAGUGAGAUGGUGGGAUAGCAUUCGCUAUCUUCAUCAGGAGCGAGGCGUGAGGCGUUGGAUCGGAAUUGGACCAGGAAAGGUCGGCAGGAAUUUAGUUGGCAAAGAGGUUGGGAGAAUUGACACCAAAGGUGGCGGCGUGUGGGCUGUUUGUGACCCUCGUGAAAUGGCAGAGAUCAUGGUCGCACUGGAGCAGACUGAAGUCCAAAUGGAAAACUAA